AAGCAUUGAUUAUUGAAGGCGUUUAUAAAAUAUUUAGAAAUUACAACCUGUGACAACCGUAUCCUUUAUAUCAUAUUUUUUUUAAUUUAAAAUUUUUAACAUUAUUACAUGUUGCAUAUUAUUUGCGUGUGAAAAGUUAAAUACGGAUAAUGACCGGAACUGAUUUGCGAAUGACUCAAGUGACUUCAGAAUGGGCGAAAAUAUUUACAGAUAAUGUUACUGAUAACUACACCAAUUCAAUGCUUUUUAUGAAGCAAUUAACGUGCAUCGCAGCUAGUACAAUACUAUACAUGAAAAAUGCUUUCUCUGAGGAAAACUACCAUACAGAAACUUUUGCGAACUUAAAGUUGCGACUUUUAAAGAAAACCUGUAGCGAUGAAAGAGCACAGUUUGUUAGUUCGUCUUUGCUAGCAGCUUUAAGUGCCGUCGAAAAGAAAUAUUUAGAGUCAAUAGCUCUAUGCUUUUACGAGGGCGAAGAUACGGCAGCCAAUUUAUUGGAAUAUCACAUAUUUAAAUAUCACUACAAAUCUGGCGAGGCGACAAUGAUUAUAACUUCAAAGAACAAAAAUACAGAGAGACACACGUCUUGUACAUUACAAGAUGUCCAGAUGAAAACAUUAAAAUUAAUUCGGGCGUGUAUGGUUUUUAUGAGUGGUUCAAACCUAUUUACUGAAAAUACUAACAUCGCCAUUCGAAUUUAUUUUACUUCAGACACACCCGAUGACUACGAAGUGCCCGGUUUCACAUUCGUGGACGAAGAGAUAGAUCCUUUAACGCAAACUAUGAGUGAAUCCAUUAAAUUGGCUUGUGUCGAGACGCCAUAUCAUUCGCUAACAGCACGCGGGUCCAGAAAUUGGACUUUCAAGGACAGUAAUGAGGCGUAUGCAUCUCAAAAUGUGCCGGUCCUCACAAAUGACACGGAUUUUUCUGGUAAGUGUUCUUGA